CAUAAUCUACCAUUCAUCUGUCGAAAGAACUUACUCUAUCAACUCACUAUUCGCUUAACAACUCAAACAUCAACAUGAAUCGCAACUUGUCUGUACUUCUUUUGGUCGUCACAGUGGUGUUACUGGUCGCAGCCACAACGAUCGAUGCUGAGUGUCGCUGGCUCGACUGCCAUGCACAUUCAGCCGGAGACUGGUGCAACAUACUCGGACCCGGCUGGAAGGUCAAAACUUGGCGACGGUGUAACGGAUUGAUGGGAAAAUCUGAACAGUGCUGCAAAUGAUCAAAUUAUUAAGUGUUUUUUUUUUCAAUACAUAUGACUCUGUAGGAUCAUUUAUACUUUUCAUACUUGCUCACAAUUAAUUGUAAGACGCGUUUAUUUACUUAUAAGUAAUAAUGUAUACCUAUAUUAAUACUCGACACUCGUAUAUAAACACUGUAAAUAAUUAUUGAUUUAUUAACUUGUUGAAUUUUUGUAUACAUUUAAUUUUU